AUGUCUGCCAACUCUGGAAGCGGCGGAGUACGAAACCUUCGGGCCAUGUUCGAGAACAAAGCCAGCGAUCAAUCAACAUCUCCCCCGAGUCGAGGCCGAUCUCCGAAUCCUUCAGAGCUUUCCAACAAUAGCAGGCCUAUCAGCAAGGUCCGGGCGAGCUUCGUUGCGGUAGAAAGAAACGGGGAAACCGCAGGAGCACCCAUUCUCGGCCUUCGACGGCUGAACAGUGAACUCAGCAGUCAGGGCAACCCGACAGAGAACCAUACAAUGGACGUCGGCAACUUUGAUAAUGCACUGGUCGAGACGCAGGCGCCUAUAUUAGCAGACACCACACAUGAGCCUGAAAAUUCACAACCGACAGCCAGCGACACGGUCGAAGGCGGGUUGGGCAGCAUACUGAAAGGAUCCGCCUUUGAAGAGGACACGCCAGCCAAAGACACUUCCGAGGCGAGGAAGCUAGGCGAAGCCCUCUCUUCUGGACGGCCACAGGGCAAGAUCGCCAAAUCGCCAUCGACCCCGAAAGAUGAGGCAAAGGCUGCGGAGAUGGUUCAAAAGAUGGAAGCUGGUAAGAGAAACAAGUCGGGGCCUCCCCCAACCACUUUACUUCAGACGACGAAAAGCGCUCAGCCAGUCAAACCUCCUGCUACAAGACAGCCCACCGCAAAGCCCGUACCCAAAUCUCCCGUCACUUCUAGGCCCUCGCCAAAGACGCAGACGUCGCCCAUGGCACAUAUAAGAGGAGGUCCAGCGAAAAUAAGAGGGGUUAUGGAGUCCGCAAAGGCGGCGCAGAGAGCAAGAGAAGUGCCUCAGCAGGACGCCGUAAAAUCAGACAAGAGGAAAUCAGACGCACACAAGUUGGACACGCAAUCCAAACCGAAACCCACCACAGAAAGCGUCAAGAAGGAACGGACUCCAACGUCACCCAAGGCCGCCCGAUCACUGGGACCCGUGAAGCCCAGAUCACCAACUGUACCCACCAAGCUUCCUCCUGUUGCUACAGCAUCGACGGCAGCUUCGGCGGCCCGAAGUGAUGCUCACCACUCCCCAACCGAGCCGAACUACCGCAAGCCUGUUGCCAGAAAGCCAUCUGCCACAGCUGUCCGACCGCCUCGAGCUAGUAUCUCGUCCACUACAUCUACGUUGGCGAAGAAAGCAUCGCGCGCGUCUUUGACAAAUGGUCAUGACAGACCGCAGUCUCGUGUGAGCACGAGCAAAGCUGAUGACGGGUUUCUCGCAAGAAUGAUGAGACCAACCGCGAGCAGUGCACAGAAAGUCCAUGAAAAAGUCCUGAUUAAUAGUCCACCGAGAUCGAAGGUUCCAUCAUCUCACAAAGCCAAAGAUGUCACGAAGCACAAACCGCCGCCGAAGAUGCACCUGCAUCCUUCCAAGGAUCAUGAAAGCGAAAAUAAAGAGAAUGGAAUUGCUGUUGACCAGAGAGCAUGGCCGGAAGCAGCAGCAAUCUCUCCUCUUGCCGUGGUCAACGAAGAUACGCCGCCCAACACCGAGAAUCAAGCAUCUGCCCCUGCAUCGACAGAGGCGACGGAUAAGGUGAAUGGAGAAGGAAUAGCAGCUUAG